AUGAAAGGCAUUUCCAAGAUUCUCUCUGCUUCUGUUGCGCUAAUGAAGCUGAAGAAUGUUUAUUCUAAAGCUUCCUUUUGUAGUCCUACUUAUGAUUCGGUUCAACCACAGCAGGGCAUGGUUCAGCCAUCAUACGUGUUAAUUCCUGGCACCCCAGAGGCCAUAAAAAACUGUGCAUACAACCCACAGAAUUUAUAUGCUCCUUUUUCUCCUACUCCAUCUUCUGCACCAUUCUCAACACCAACGGGGACAAGUAAUGAAAACGAAACAUCUCCUACAGAAGAUGUGGGAACAUGCAAGAUUUCUGUUUUAAAGCACUGCGACACACCAGGAACAUCUGCAACACCUUGCGAAUCUCCUGAACAAGUUAUUCAACCACAGCCUUCCUUGACAGUUGCAUCGAUUACAUCAACAAUCAUUGCUCCUGUACAAGCGUCACCUGUUGUUGCUAAGGUUCUCCAGCCUACAGAAAUGGUUGUGACAACACCUUCUUCAGUUGUAUCUGCUAACCAGGUAAUUCCAGGGUAUUAUUCCAAUGGAACACCUGCUGCUCCUGGACAACAAGGACAAAUUCUUUCAGGUAGUGUUCUUGCACCUGGUGCUAACUUAUGUCAGGUGGUCCCUGGAAGUACCCCAGGACAAGUCCUUCCUGGUGCCGUUCCAGGCUUUCCCCAAUGCCAGACAGGGCAGAAUGGAAGUGGAAAUGGAGGUAGUUCACCCGUUCCAGGCUUUCCCCAAUGCCAAGCAGGGCAGAAUGGAAGUGGAAAUGGAGGUAGUUCACCCGUUCCAGGCUUUCCCCAAUGCCAAGCAGGGCAGAAUGGAAGUGUUACCGGCCAGUCUGGGCAGUUCUCUCCUACUCCCCAAGUUCCAAAUCCUGUUGCAAUGCCGCCAAUCUCAGGGAUCAGUGGAAAUGGGUAUCCUACUUCUACUACAUACGCUUCAAGCCUUGGGCCAUUGGGUCCUUGUGUUGACGUACAGAAACCAUCAUCUUCGUGCGAUCAGCAAACAAAUGAGAGGUAUUCUAUGGAAGCCUGUGCAGCCCCAACCCCAACGGUUAUCAUAGGCAACAGUGAGUAUUUUGUCGCGCCCGGGAUGUAUAAUGCAAUUAGCUCUCCAUGCAACUCUUCUUGCUGCCAAUCCUAG